CAUUGGUCGUGGUGGGACUACUGGUCUUGAUUCAGACAAUGACGGACGCUGUCGAAGUUACUGACAACAAUUCUUGUGAAAUUUUGGAACGUUCCAAUAUUACAUUGGGGAAAGUCAGCCACGACAUCGAGAAGUAUGAAGCCACUCUGAUCAUUCUGCUGGGUUUUGGCGGAUUCUCCAUCCUGCUGGGCCUGCUGUACAACUUCAUCCGCAAAAACGUCUUCGACGACUCGCACAACCUCGACACGACGUUCGACGCCGGCGGCAAUGUGAGCAUGAGCUUGACAGCCGUGACGGUCGCCUCGCAACUCCUGUGGCCGGGUGAUUUGUUACAGAGCGCAACAGUAGCCAUUAAGAACGGCAUUGCAGGAACGUUCUGGUAUUCCGUGGGUGCGGUUGUCAACAUGAUUCUUUUCCCCGUUCUCUCCGUCCACUUCAAAACAAGAUCUCCUGGUGCUAAAACGUUCCUACAGGUGAUAUACGCCAGAUUUGGUAAAACAGCCCACAUCGUCUUCUGCUUUUUUGCCCUUCUCACGAAUUUAGUGGUGAUGACGUGUCUUCUGACAGGCGGGACAGCAACCAUCCAAUCACUGACGAAAGACGCAUCCGGGGAGUUCUGUGUCUUGCUAAUGGCCACGCUGUUCGGAAGCUACUCAUUCAUCGGCGGACUGGGGUCCACAUUUUACGUGUCGUACUUCAACACGGUUCUCGUGUUCGUAAUGCUCUGUAUAUUCAUCAUCAACAUAUUCUAUAAGGAGAAUUCCGGAGAAACCGCCUUACUUGGAAGCAUUGACAAUAUAUACGAAAAGGUCACGUGCCUCAAAGGUCCGGAAGGCAACGAAGAACAGAGUUACCUGACGUUUUGGUCAGAGGGCGCGUUAAUCUGGGGUAUACAAGGUAUUUUCGCGACGUCGUCGUUGACGUUCUGUGACCAGGCGUCGUGGCAGAGUCGGAUAGCGGCCAAACCCGUGCAGGGAGUGCUUGGUUUCCUCGCAGCCUCCUUCAUCUGGUUCGCGAUUCCGUCGUCUAUUGGAACCAGCACCGGUCUGGCGUAUUUGGCACUCAGCGCUACCAACUCGACCUUCAAAUUGUCUGAUCAAGACAUAGAUGCAGGUCUCGUGACGCCGUUCAUAGUUCAGAAGGCGCUGGGUUAUUCGGGCGGCUUCAUGGUGUUGACGAUGUUGACGAUGUCACUCAUGUCUACAGGGUCUGGCGAAGUAAUGGCGGUGUCGUCGAUCAUCGUCUACGACAUAUACCAGUCGCACCUACGUCCCUACAGAAAGCACAACUCUUCGGGCAGCUGCCUUCUUUGUGGGCAGCCGACGCCACUAGAAGAACCCAUUUCCUCAAGAGACCCUCAGCUGACGUACUGCCAGUGUCCGUCGGCCACCGACUGUCUGGUGUGCCAGAAGGACCAGCUGUUGAACGACGCCCAGUCCAACCUGGGUCAGCAGACGAUAUAUCGCUGCGAGGACCACGGCCAGUUCAGGAUGUACCAGGACAGCAUGAUCCAGUUCAAGAGCUGGUGCAUCCUGUGGGUGACCAUCGGCAUCGUCCCGCUCGGCAUGCUGCUCAACGCCGCCGGCAUCGACCUCAACUGGACCAUGAUGGUGGGCUUCAUCAUCACGACACCCUGCUUCCCUGGGUCCGUGCUUAGCAUCAUCUGGGUGAAGACGACCGCCGUGGGCGUGGUAGCUGGCAGCAUCAUCGGACUGAUUGGAGGAGUAUCUGCCACGCUCAUCGUAGCCUCGACAUUUGACGGCGGACUUGGAAACUUUCUGGCGAACACGUCCCAAAACUACUCCGUCCUGGCCGGCUCCAGCAGCAGCUUCAUCGUCUCUCUGAGCGUGACCAUCAUCGUGUCCCUGAUAACCCACAAGAUCACCGACCAGCAGGCGGAGAACAAAGAGUGGCAGAAACUGCGCGACAUCGACAAUCCCCUGCGGCCUUGGUCCGACCAGUUCAAGGAAGAUCUGCCCAACCUGCAGGCCAGAGAGAGACCAACUCUUGCCCAGCUAGACACAGUCUUCCAGAAGGCCAAACUGACCGCGUACAUCGGCGGCGCUUUCAGUCUUCUGUUGUUCAUCGUCGUCAUGCCGGGGGUCAUGGCCAGUCUGCACGUACUGACGUCAUCAGAGUUUCGCACGUGGCUGAUGACGCUGCAGUUCUGGUGUUUCCUCAUGGCCGCCAUUGUUGUAAUCGUUGCGCCAGUGGAAGAGGCGAUUAUAAUCGUCAAGCAUAUGCGUAAAAAGAAAGCAAAUAAGAAACUGGAGAUCAAUGGUGGUAAUUUGAAAAAGACGAAUAUUGAGGGGAUACGUGAAACAGAGAUGCUUUAAUGCACGAAAUUCGUGAAUUGUUUUACUGUUAAUACAACUGAUAUUAAUGUAAAUAGAACACAAUAUGGGCCACAAGAACUGAAACAUUGCAUGGAUUUGUUUUUAGCGAUGUAGGAAACAUUUCCCCAUAGGGUGGAGAGAGAGCAGAGACUUCAAUAUCGGCAACUCAAGCAUUAACAUACCUAAAUCACUUUACGUUUAAGUGCAUUUUCUCUAAAAUAACUUUAAGGAAGCUGCAUGAUAUCCCAUAAUAGCUUCCAGUUUAAUCCCCCCUCCCCCCUCAGAAUUUCCAGUUUGGUUGCAGCUAAAAAGAAAAGGUAAACGUGGUUUGGAAAUAAAACAUUUAUAUUUUUACAAGCAAAUUGGUCGUCUGCUCACAGAGUUUACAAUUAGAUAACUAAAAUAAUGUUGUUGUUUUUUAAAUCGUACAUACAUACGAAAUGAAUUUUGAACAAGUCUAAACAAAAUAAAACAACAAAAGAAUAUUAAAUGUAAGGUGCAGUGGAUUAAUUAACCAAGAACUCCAUGAGCAGACGAUAUAUUUUUCUAGUAUGCUAUUUUAUUUCUUUAUUAACCAAUAUUACAAAUUGUUCAUAAAAUAAAACAAAGCACGUUUUCAUUUCCUUUUCUUUUAAUGUCAAGACAAACUGAAAUAACUGAACAAUAAAAAAUGAAGGAAGAAAAGAAAAACGAACAACAAACAUUUAAAGUAAAGGCUGGUACAAGCUAUAAUUUACUGUCCUAUCACGCGUGACUGAUAGUAUGUUAAGAAUGUGAGACAACAACGUCCACCCGACUUCUGUAUUCCGCUAUAAUACGUAUACCGUAGUCUAUCACAAACACGUCACUUAUUAAAUAUAGACCACAAUAACAUCUUCGUCACUAUUGCAGUAAUACGUUACAGUAUUACGUAUAACUAAGUUAGUAACAUUACUGCUUUACAAUCACUGUAUUAUGUACGUUAAUGUAUUGUUGCAAACAUUUUACGUAUUCUCAUAACAUUUACAUUGUGAUAGCAUUGCAUAUACAGUUUAUGUUUACUAUAGUACAUAAACGUGACUGUGUUAGUAUAAUGAUUGUUUUACAUACUAAUUUAAUUACUCGUAUGUUUUGCAAUAUUUUCAUUUUACAACUGAUGUUUAUAGCCGGAGUAGUGACCACGAGUAAGCGACAUCAGUAUAUUAUUGUGAACACUGAAAUACAUGUAAAACCCAACACUGAAUUACACGUAUGUUGUUCAGAUGGGUACAAGGCAUGCAAUAUUAAUCGAAUAGUUAGAGCCCGACGCCAUAUAACCGUAAAUAAAAUGUGUUGAUUGCGUCGUUAAAUAAAACAUUUCCUUCUUCUUUGAAUAGUUAAGACUAAGUGUGUCGGUUACACAACUUCACGGUAACGAUAAUCGGUUAUCAAGUAAGUUUCAAAAUCAGCAAUACACCCAAGUAAACCCACGCGAAGUUAUAAAUCAUGUGUUAUGUACGAACAUCACAUAAACUGUAACAAACAAAUUAAUUUAUUUCCAUUUGGUUCAUCUGCAUAUAAUUUGAAUAACUAAACGAUCAGUAACCAAAUUUACAGUUAUGCCAAAUGUUAAAUAUCCUUCGAUUAAGAUCCAUUGCACCCCCCCCCCCCCCCCUCACACACAUCUCCCCUGUCUCCCACUGUCUCAUUCUCAGAUCUCUGCCUGCCUUCCUGUCUGUCUCUAUGUCUCUUUCUUUAUCAGUCUGUUUCUCUUAAUCGCUGUCUCUCGCCUGUCUCUUCCACACAUGCACGAACUUUACAUAUUUAAUGCUGUAUUACAUACUGAAUAUUAUUAUGGUCAUCACGACCUUACAUACACUACUACUUUGACAUGUACCCACGUGCUUCAGUCAUAUCUACUGAUAGGCGAUUAUAAUACAAUCACCGUAUGUAUGGUGAUACCAGUAGAUAAGGCCUGAUUGACUUCACAAUUGUUUUAUUACGCAGGGAAGCCGUUCCACUAAGACACUAAUUUAACAUUUCGUUGCUAUGUUAUGCAAUGUAUAAAUGUGCUGUAAUAUUAAGCUCAUGAUAAAUAGGUGAAUGCUAAAUUAGACUAAAGUGCAGUAUCACACGUUCAGAGUUACAUUGUGUAUGGUGUUGAUUAUCCGGCAUAGUACUUACAACGCAAGAUGACGUAAUCCUUGUGUCUAUGUAACUGUGAAGAUACGGCGAUACCGUUAGUCUGUUAAUUACUCAUAGAUAAUAUGUUGUGUAUUUCUUGUUACUUCAGGUUUUCAAAAUGGUCUGGAUUCCAAGUACAUUGUAUUAAAAUCUGAUUAAAAUGUUAUAUUCAUACAGAAUUACGGCCUUUGUACAGGGGAGUUAGGGUGGCAAUGAAAGAUGUCUAAAGAAACUGUCCUGAGAUUUUCUAGUUUAUUGUGUUUCCGACUAAUACAUUUUCUUAUUUCAAAUAUCAGUGUCUGUAUGUUCAAUAUGUUUCUGAUCGUCCUAAUAUUUAUCAUUAGCCCAAACUGGAUUUGGAAUCCCAAUAAUU